AUGUUUGCAUUUCGUGUUCUUAUCCCUCUCUUUCCUUUUGUCUCCCUGACAAACAUUGCUGUGAUUUCUUUAGAGCGAUUUCACGCUACGGUUCGUCCAUUCACGCAUCGGCUCAUGAAGAGAUGGGUCUUUUUGAUAGCAACUGCUGUUGUCUGGGUUUUAUCUAUUAUUACAUUAGUCAUUGUGGGGGGGAUAGAAUGGUUUCUGAUGACACGCCACCCGCUUUACUUGUCGGCAUCAUACUGUCUUUUGUGUUUAAUUGUUAUCUUUGUUUCUUACUUGUCCAUUCUGUUUAAGUUUCGUUUUGGAGCUCAUCCUCAGCGCCAUUGUGCAGCUGCUUUAAGACAAAGAAAACUAACUGUCACAUUAUUUAUAACAACUUUAGUAUCUUUACUGUUGUGGUUACCAUACAGUAUAUUAUAUUUUUUUGUUGACCGGUCAACUUAUAUAAGUUUAAAUUCCCUUUCUGGCCCAGAAAGAAUUCGUUUGCUUUUUUCACUGAAUUCUUUGCGUUAUGCAAACUCCCUUGUAAAUCCCAUUUUAUACACAAUCAGGAUGCCAGACUUCAAAAGAGCUCUGCUCUCAUUGUUCAGA